AUGUAUGAUAAGGGGCCACUUAAUCUGGAAGUGAAGAUCUGGUCCUCAGCGAGUGAAGAAGGCUGGCUACUUCCUAGUGAUGCUGAAUCAUGGAAAUGUACCCAGACAUUAGAGCUGAAGAGUUCUGCUGAACCCCGAGUUGAGGAGGCAUUCUUUAAUCAAGUCAUAGCUUUGUCACAGGCUGGCCUUCUCUUACUUGCAAAUGCUAAGAAGAAUGCUAUUUAUGCUGUGCACUUAGAAUUUGGUCCUGAUCCAGCAGCAACGCGCAUGGAUUAUAUUGCAGAAUUUACUGUUACCAUGCCUAUUUUGAGUUUUACUGGGACAAGUAUUUCACCUCACGGUGAACAGAUUGUCCAGGUUUAUUGUGUCCAGACACUAGCCAUUCAGCAGUAUGCUCUGGAAUUAUCCAAAUGCUUGCCUCCACCACUGGAUAAUGUGGGUUUAGAAAAGUCAGAUUCCAAUAUUUCACGUGAACCGUCAGGGGCUGAAGGAUUUGGUUUGGAUCUAUCUGGAAGUAAACCCACAGAGAUGCUGCUAGCUAAUUCAAAUUCAGCACUUAAACAAACCAUACAAGAUAGUAGUUCUGAGGGUGCAGUUUCCGUGAGGUAUCCUGUAAACUCUAGUUCUGUUGAGGCAACCACUUCGAAAGAUAUUACCACUUCAAGUACAGAAUCAAGACCUGUUGCAUUGGCAUCAGCUACUAGUGAUUCAGAUGUUGUUUUUGUUGCAUCACCGCCUAUUCCCUUGAGUCCUAGGUUGUCUGGUAAACAUUCUGGUUUAAGAAGUCCAACAGAUGGCUCUGACCAGAGUCGCACACUCAAUGAGCAUGGUGGAGACCAACAAGUCAAUGAUUACUCAGUUGACAGGAAAUUGGACAGUGUUCCUUCAAACUUGUCAGAUGUGCCUACAGUGGAUGAUGAUUCAAGAAAUAUUGAGCAGAAAGUUGGAGAAGAUGAUUUAUCUAGUUUGCUCAAUCCUCCUAUCAUGUUCAAACAUCCAACCCAUCUUAUAACUCCCUCUGAGAUUUUAAUGGCUGCUUCAUCUUCUGAAGGUACUAAUCCUAUUGAUAGCAAGAAUGAAGGGGAGGCAAAUAUCCAAGAUGUGAUUGUUAACAGUGAUAUGGGUAAUGCUGAGGUGGAGGUUAAAGUAGUGGGUGAAGCAAGAUCUACUCAAAAUGAUGAAUUUGGAUCUCAAGGUGAACCUCAAAAUGUUGUUUCAGAAAAUAAGGAAAAAUUCUUUUGCUCCCAGGCAUCAGAUCUUGGAAUUGAGAUGGCCCGAGAAUGCUGUGCAAUAUCAGCCGAAACAUAUACUACAGAUGAAGCUCGGCAAGUUGAUGAUUCCAGCAUGACAGAACCACUGGCCCAGUCUAAUGCUGGAGACGAAGACCAGGAAUCUGCGAAAGAUGUAUCUGGGCCAUGUACCACCCCAACAAAGUGGAAAAACUCUCAAGCAUCAGGUCAAUCUUCCCCAUCACCAAAUGUGCUCAAUUCAAUAGAUUCCAACAAUGAACCAGGAGGGAGUUCAAGCCCCCCCUCUGCAGAAGCUGCAUUUCCCCAAAUUAUGGCCAUGCAGGAUACGAUUAAUCAGCUACUGACUAUGCAGAAAGAACUGCAAAAGCAGAUGACAAUGAUGGUUGCAGUCCCAGUUACGAAGGAGGGGAGAAGAUUAGAGGCGGCUCUUGGGCGGAGUAUGGAGAAGGCUGUAAAGGCCAAUAAUGAUGCUUUAUGGGCUCGUUUUCAAGAAGAGAACGCAAAGAAUGAGAAGUUAUUACGAGACCGUAAUCAGCAAAUAACUAGCUUGAUCAAUAACUUCAUGAACAAGGACUUCCCAGUCAUGUUAGAGAAAAUGGUGAAGAAAGAAUUGGCGGUCGUUGGACCAGCUGUUGCUCGUGCUAUAACUCCAGCUGUUGAGAAAGCAAUACCUCCAGCUAUUUCUGAUUCCUUCCAGAGAGGAGUUGGUGAUAAGGCAGUUAAUCAAUUGGAAAAAUCGGUUAACUCAAAAUUUGAAGCAACUGUUCCAGGCAAAUACAGGCGCAGUUCCAAACUUCUGGCAAACAAGCUCUUCAGUAUGGAAGCUUCAGUGGUACCUGCAUUUGAGAAGUCAUGUAAGGCAAUGUUUGAGCAAGUAGAUGCUACGUUCCAGAAAGGAAUGUUAGAACAUACAAAUGCGGCACAACAACACUUUGAUUCUGCACAUUCGCCAUUGGCACUUGCUUUAAGGGAAGCUAUUAGUUCUGCAUCAUCGGUGACUCAAACCUUAAGCGGAGAAGUGGCUGAUGGUCAACGUAAGCUAAUAGCUCUUGCAGCUGCACGAACAAGCUCAAGUGCAGUAAAUCCCCUGGUCACACAACUAACCAAUGGACCUUUGGGUGGUCUCCAUGAGAAGCUGGCCUGUGAUAUCAGCAAUGAUACAUCGAGAAAAGUUGCGUGGAUGACAGAUGUGGCGGCUGCCAUAAACCCAGUAAACCAAAUGAUUGCGGUGCAUGUGCGGCCCGUCUUCGAGCAAGUUUAUCAGAUACUGCACCAUCAACAUAGCUUGCCUACAAUCUCAAGUGCCGAGCACACAAGUAUUAGACUUUCACUCAGGCGGGAAGAUUGCCCGCUCUCUUUCACUCAGGCUCGAAUCCCUCUUAUUGCUGAUUAG